UUAAAAGUACAACAGCUAUGGAAUUAUUCUACGAUACCUGCUCAUUUUUAUUUAGCUAAAAGAUAUUUAAAAUCACAACGUGGAUGUUUAUGGUUAGCUGACGAACAAUUUGUAAUAAUGCUAGCUACGCGAAUUCGGAACCUUGUAAAGGUUUGGCUUAUGGAUCAACCCAAACCAGAAAAGCAGGAUCACUUUGUAGAUGAAAUUGUGUAUUAUCAUAAUCGAACAUGGAAGAUUCGUCUAAUACAAUAUCGGUACCGGCAUCCAAGUGAAAUUAUGAAUUUACCUCCAAUACCAUCUGGACUUCGAUGCUUACGAAUCUUUAUUGAUUUAUAUUAUGACAACUUUGGGACCUUUCGAAAUGUUUAUCAUUCGCUUGGCUUUGUGCUAUUUGGUGCUAAAUUUGAAGAUUUUAUAAAACCAUUUAUAUCGGACAUGCAACAACUACAAAAUGACAGAGAGGAGGUCUAUAUUAGGGGUGGUUUGGGGGUGGUUACUGCCGACCUGCCCCAGGAAAAUAAUCUUAGUGAGGUUAAAAGACAUGGAGCUAAUCACGGGUAUAGGAGUUGUGAAGCAGAGGGAGACGAAUUGACAGAAAAUAACUAUGAUAUUAUACGACAUUCACAGUAUCAUCAUAUUACAGACAUGCAAUUUUUCGAAAUUCAGUCACAAGAAAAUUUAACUAAUAAAAAAAGAAUUGCUACAAAGUAUAGUCAGUGUUUAAACAAAAACAUUUUAGACCAACUAUAUCGUUAUCGGCAUCAGCAAUGUUCCCAAGACCUUUAUCAUGCUAUGGCUGAAAAGGUGAAAAGACUAAUGGAGUGUACUCUAACACUUUUUAAUGAUGAAAGAAAUGCAGCAUUUUUAAAAAUAUGGAAAUCAAUAGAAUUGCCUAAGUUUUGGUCAAAAUUACCAAACCCUAUAACUUACUAUAAAAGUUUUAUGAUGUCUGAUUUAUUACGUCUUGCGAUGUUAAUGCCUCAUAUUUUGCGUCGCUUCUUAAGAACUCAACACAUAAAAGAAUCUACACUUACUAAUCUUUGGAGUACAAUAAAAUGCAAACAUCAAGAUCAGGUAAUUGGUGAGAUCAUAAAGUGUUGGGUGUCACUUUCUUUUUCCGUAAAGCAGUCAUUUGCCAUUACAUUUCCUAAAGAUUAUUUGGAAAUGCUGUCCGGGGUAUUGAAAAAGGAGCAUGACAAUUUGAUAAAGGUAUUCCUGGAAUCUUUUUUUUGUCUUCCAAACCUUCACGUAAAUGUACAUCUAAUUGCGAAUACCAAGAACUAUGGAACUUUGAUUAAUACUGCUUGUGGUGUCAAAGAGGCCAUGCAUGGUUUAUUCAAAGCUCUCGUUCCACAUACAAACAAAAAAAAUAUUGAUCUUGAUCUCUUAAGGCGCCGCUCUUUGUUAAGACCAUUGCUUUCAAAAUGGUAUAUUGCAGAGCCAUCUGAUCCAAUUGAUGAUUUAGAAUUUGAAAAUAAUGAAGCAAAUGGUAAUUUCUAUCUGCGUAUAGUAUCUAAGUCAGUC